UGGGUGGACGCGACGCGACCGACUGGCCAAUCGAUUGAGCAGCAGCACAAACAUCACACGCUCCUCACGGCCGCACCCAACCGGACUCGCCUCGCCUCCCUUUCGAACCAGCCUCUCUCUCCGCCAGCGCGGAUGUCGUCGUCGCGCCGCCGCCCGCCCCCGCCGCCGCCGGCGUGGACGCCCGAGCCGUGGAGCGACGGGGAGACGUCCGCGCUGCUCGACGCAUGGGGCCCGCGCCACCUCCGCGCGUGCGGCGGCGCGCUCCGCCCCGCCGACUGGCGGGCCUGCGCCGACGCCGUCACCUCCCGCCGCGCCGCGGCCGGCCGGGCCCCGCGCACCGUCGACCAGUGCAAGAACCGCCUGGAUUAUCUCAAGAAGCGCCUCAGGGCCGAGCGCUCCAGGCCCAAGGGGGCCCCGCCGACGCCGCCGCCGGUCUCGGGGUGGCUCACCCGCCUCCGCGCGCUGCUGCACCUCGCCCCCUCCGCUCCUCCCGGGUUCGCGCACCGUCUUGGCGCCAAAACGCCCAAGGUGGAGGAGGAGGAGGAGGUGUUGGACGAGAAGCCGAGCGGCGGGGCUCCUCUGCCCCGCUACUGGCCGCCGGUGCCGAAGCGGCCGAGGACGGCGGUGUCGCUGUCGCCGUUGACCGCCGCCUCCGGGGACCACCCUGGAGGCGGUGGGAGGAAUUGCACGGAAGUGGCGGCGGCUCUGGAUAGGCUUGCCGGGACGUACGAGCGGGUGGAGGCCGCCAAGCAGAGGGAGGCCACGCGGCUGGAGGAGCGGCGCCUGGAGGCGAUGCGUGAUCUCGAGAUCGAGCGCAUGCGGCUCCUCGUCGACGUCGCCGUCACCGCCUCCGUCGUUGUCGAUGGCGCCGCCGCGACCGCCACAACCGCCACCGGCGACUUCUAGUUGGUGAGAGGGACUUGGAUAACUGGCUGGCCAAGGUAGCCAAUUCCAGCCUAUAUGUUUUUUUCUUCAAAGAGACGAUCGCAUCAUGGAGAUAGAGGUCACUUGAUGUGAUGUUCUUCUACAAAGUUAAAUCGGUUUAGGUUACAGGAAAAGCUUAGCCAGAUGUAGGAUAGCACAUGGUGAGAUUUUUUUAGUUCUUUGAUUGCAGGUCUGCAGCAACUGAAAAGGGGGGAGAAUAGCCUGAAAAGUAUCUUCGUUAAUGUUUAGCUAUCCUUUGGUAACUAGUGCUGUAAUCCCUCUUGAUUUACAGCUGUUCGGCUGCUCAGUUGAGAGACAUUCUGAUCAUCCAGUACAUAUGAUACCUUGGAUGCUUUGUCUGAUGCUAUAUUGCUUAUGAUUAUGUUGCUCAGCCUAUGAUCAUCACUCUGCUAAUGAUAGGCAACGUGCUUCUGGCGCCGUGGUGCAUGUUAUGUACUUUCCCUGCCAUUCAUCACUCUAAUGGUUGGAGAAGGCUGACAGGCGAUAACGGUUCCCCAGCAGAACAGCGGUGCAAAGAUCGAUCAGAGAAAGAUAGGCGUUUCAGAAUUUUCAGGGCGCUUCAGAGGUCACAACGUAUAUCUUUUUUCCAAUACAAUAAAAGCCUGUUUUUCAAUGUAACAGAGAUCUUACAGGUUCCAUAUAACCUUUAUACAUUUCUGUUCUGUU